CUGCAAUAUGUCUGCGCCCUGCAAGCGUAGCAGCUAACUUUAACGUUUAAAAGUAAUAUUAAUAUUAUUAUUUCAUAAUAAUUUAAUAAACAGAAGCCUAAACGCAGAUGUCAACAAGUAUAGGAAUGACGUUCCCAGUUUCACACAAAACAAUCUUUGUCCUUGACCACAGCUCCUAUUUUACUCAAUCUUGUAACCAACCUAUAGAGUAUGAUGUUCUCAAAUCUAAAGGUUCAGGGGUCAUUCCAGCUGCACCUAUAACAAAAUCAUUAUGGACCUGCAAUGUUGAAGGGUUGCAGGAAUAUCUAAGGAUUGUGUUUGAUAUCUACCCUAAAGAUAAACUGGUUAGAGUUAUUCGAGGUGGUCUAGCACUAAAUCCUUGGAAUUGUCCUGACACAAUCAAUACCAUCAACCUACAGCUAGCUAGAGUUGGGCCUCCCAGAGCCAAGAAGGAUGACAGUGAGUACUCCGUACACCAUGGGCUCACCUGCGCAGUCAAGUGCCUGUGUGAGCCGAGCCUGCAGCAGCAGGAGUGUAUUAAUCGUGGGGACACUGUAAGAAACAGGGGCCGAAUCAUCUGCUUGACCAACUGUAAAACUGACUUAUCUGUGCGUCAACUAGAGGAAUUUGUGCUGGAGUCUAUACAGCAACACAACAAGAUGACCGGAGAACUGCUGCCCAUCGAUGCCUGUGAGCUGGUUGUUCUUCACGCCGUCCCCCUUGGUCAGGACAUCAGGGUCACCGACAAAAGGAGGCGAGAGCUCAGUCCUAUCCUGGCGAGUGAAGUCACCACCACCCUGUCAGGCCGCCAUGUCUACAACAAACUUGUUCUUCUCUGCUGUCAACACUUUGACCUCUGUUCUACCACAGUCACCGGCAUCCCUAUGAAGGAAGAACAAAACGCCAGCUCGUCUGCUAACUAUGACGUAGAGCUGCUUCACCCUGCGGCUGCCCAUGACGAGAUGUUUAAAAACGAACAUGCGGAGGGUUUGGUGAUACCAUCCAAAGAAGGGCUCCCCAUUGAGACAGCGCCCCUGAAAUGGUGCACCCCAAAGUCUAGUGUUGUAGAACUCCACAUGUGUUCAGCCGUCUACAGGACCUGUCCAGUCGACGUCAACAGCAGACCUUCAUCGUGUCUCACCAAUUUUUUACUCAGUGGUCGCGCUGUGAUGCUGGAGCAGCCAAGAAAAAGUGGGGUCAAGGUCAUCUCCCACAUGCUGGCCGCUCACGGUGGGGAAAUCUACAUCCACUCCAUCCCCACCUCCAGGUCCAUCCUUGAAGAUCCACCAUCCAUCAGUGAGGGCUGUGGUGGCAGGGUCACGGAUUACAGGAUUACGGUGUUUGGUGAGUUUAUGAAAGAAAAUCGUCUGGCACCAACCAGUCCUGCUCUGAUGGAGAAAUAUGGCGGCAGGAAGCCUUAUCUGUAUGCACUGGACCAGUUAGAAAAAAGCAGCCGUUUUUGGCCAAUGGUCAUCAGCGAUACAAUUUUGUUCAACUUGCAGAACAUCAGCCCACUACCCCAGCUCCUGCUGAAAGACAAACUGACUGAGCCUGAGGUUCUGGAAUGUAAAAUGGUCAUCUAUAAAAUAGUCAACAUGGAGUCCAAGAAUGACCCCCUUCCAGUGCCAGCUGCUGGUUCUAGAGGCAAGGGCCCAAAGAGGGAAGAACAGUACAGACAGCUGUGGGCUGAGCUCGAGGCUUUGAUCAGCGCCUACUCUGACACGUCCAUCGAGCACGGGCAGGUGUUGGAGUGUCUAAUGGAGUGUAAGAAGCAGGGAGACGACUCCACCAGCCACAGCAAGAAGCUGGCCGUCAAGAAGGAGGAGAAGACAGAAGCCGAGCAAAGUUGGAAGGACUUUGACAGGCUACAGCAGAUGACUGAGAGAGAGAGACAAGAUGCUCUACACAAAGAGAACAAAUCAGUGGAGCCCUCACCUCCCAAGAAGAAGAAAACAGAAGAACUAAGCAUGAGAUCUGGAGGUCAAACUCUGCUGUCCAUGUGGAACAACCGUCUGAGGACCAUUGAGUCCAAGAGAAGCCAGGACUUUGAUGGCAGGCUGGACAGUGAUGGGGACAAGGCCAGGCUCUACAUACACCUGGAUGAGAUGAAUGGAUGA